CAGCUCAGAGGCUGUUUCCGGGAGGCUAAUGCUAACAACUUACAGACUGAAAAGUUUCCUUCUUUCUCUCACCGGACCCAAGCACCACCGAACCGCUCCGAACCGGUUCCUGGACCUCCUCUCAUGCUGCGGCCGAACUGAGGAGGCUUCCGCUGCCUGAUCGUGCACGCGCGCGGUUUCCAUGGCCACGGAGGAGUUCUACGAGGUGGAGCGGAUCAUCGACAAAAGGAAGAACAGGAAGGGCAAGGUGGAGUACCUGGUCCGCUGGAGGGGUUACGGCUCAGAGGGGGACACCUGGGAGCCUGAGGGACACCUGUCCACCUGCAUGUCUUAUGUCCACCAGUUCAACCAGCAGCAGCGGGACACCACCCUACUGCGUUCAACCCGCAACCCCCACUACAGCCCCGCCCCCCUCUGUGACCUACAGCUGCCCCUCAGCUCGCCCCGCCCAGCGGACAACCCUCAGCAGGCUCCCCCCACAGCAGCUCUCAGCGCCACGCUGAUGGCCACGCCUCCGGGCGGUUCGGCCCGCCGGGGCCUGGAUCUGGCCAAAAGUGGCAUCAAAAUUCUGGUUCCCAAAAGUCCCAUGAAUUCCCGUCCCAAAUCGGAGGACUCUCCUAGUGAAGCGGCCCAAAGUCUGGAGGCCGGCACCCAAGAGGCUCACCUGGUCCCGCCUGAGGUCGCCCUGCUGGAAAAACCUACCAGAGUCCAGUUGGGCCCGGGUCAGGAGAGGGCCCGUAUGGGGACCCGACCCCGGAGCCAGAACCCUAUGCCGCCGCUCCCAGGGGUCCCGGCGAUCCCUGCUGCUGUGCGCUCCCUGUGUGGCUCUGGAAACUCUGCACUAAUGGAGGCCGUUGCAGCCGGUGGCGUUUCGGCUGUUCACAGCGUUACCGGGGCAACCGGAGCGAUGGGUAAACGACGCAUAGAGGAGCACUCCACAUUCGACAAACGUCUGCGGUUCAGUGUCCGUCAAACGGAGAGUGCCUACCGGUACCGAGACAUCGUGGUGAAGAAGCAGGAUGGCUUCACGCACAUCCUGCUGUCCACCAAAAGCUCGGAGAACAACACGCUUAAUCCGGAGGUGAUGAAGGAGAUCCAGAGCGCCAUGGCGACGGCGGCGUCCGACGACAGUAAGCUGGUGUUACUGGGUGCCGUUGGCAGCGUCUUCUGCUGCGGCCUCGACUUCCUGUAUUUCAUCAGACGGCUGGCAGACGACAGGAAGAAGGAGAGCAUCAAGAUGGCAGAAACUAUCAGGACCUUUGUCAACACUUUCAUCCAGUUCAGGAAGCCCAUCGUGGCGGCAGUGAACGGCCCGGCGCUUGGCCUGGGUGCCGCCCUCCUCCCCCUCUGCGACGUGGUUUGGGCCAAUGAGAAAGCCUGGUUCCAGACGCCGUACACGUUCUGUGGACAAACGCCCGACGGUUGCUCCUCCUUCACCUUUCCACGCAUCAUGGGGUUGGCCUCGGCUAACGAGCUGCUGCUGGGUGGCAGGAAGCUGACGGCGCAGGAGGCGUGUUCUAAAGGUUUGGUGUCGCAGGUUCUCUGGCCUGGAACCUUCACCCAGGAAGUGAUGCUGCGGGUCAAAGAGCUGGUGGGAGUGGAUUCUCAGGUCCUGCAGGAGUCCAAAGCCCUGAUGAGGAACACCAGCCGCAGUGCUCUGGAGCAAGCCAACGAGCGCGAGUGUGAAGCCCUAAAGAGAGUGUGGGGGUCUCUGCAGGGAACAGACUCCAUCCUGCAGUACCUGCAGAAGAGAACCGAACUCUGCUAGAACCCUAACCCAGUCCUUCCAGUCCGGCUCCACCAGUCCGGCUCCAUCCAGUCCGGCUCUACCCAGUCCGGCUCCACCCAGUCCGGCUCCAUCAGUCCGGCUCCAUCCA